GGUUGGUUCAUGUGUUGUCUCUCGCAUAGACCAUAUUACAGACAAAAUAUCUAGAAAAUAUUUGCAAAAGGGAAGGGAAGUACAUAAAGUAAAUAAAUUCAGUCCCAUGAGGUGAAAGUGAAAGCAGGGGAAACGUAGAUUUUGCAGAUAUAUUGGUACACUAACUAAAAAAUAGUUUGCACUAAAAGUAAUGUAUUCUCAUUUUUAGCUGUUUUUUGGUACUACAUAAAAAGCUACAUACCAGCUGAUGCAAGUUUACCUAGCAUACAAUUUUUAAUGAUUGCAGUGCAAUUUUGCAUUGACUCAAAGUUCUAAGUUUUUGGCAGUCACCAUGAAGUCUAAUUUCUAGUUAAAUUUUGAGUCUAACACCCAACCCGGGUUGAAAAUAUUUAGCUGGGACAUUUUUAGAACAACAACUGGUUUAGGAUAGAUAGAAUAUUUGCAAUAGUACUUAUCUCUCUGGUUCAUCCGUGGUACAAAUCUUGUACGGCUUGAAAAUCUCUUUUUCUGUGUUCUUCUGGCAUCAGAGAACACGAACACAAUUCGGGUGGUGUAUAUUACCCGUUCGAAUCUGACCUGGUUUCCUAUUGCGAAUUUUUUUGGCCACCUCCCAUCCCCAUCGCCCGUUUGAGAAAUAUCAAAAUCCGACUUAUUCCAAUCCACUUUUCUUUGAAUAUAGGGCGGAGGAAGGGACAUUGACAUCCAUUAUGGAUCCGGAAGCAGCCAGAUUUCCUGCGACCCAUACAACAACGACAACAACUGCCACCACUUCAGUUGUCACUGAUGUGAGAUUUGACCCGUCGUAUGUCAGAACACUUCCAGGCACCUUAAAAUGCGCGCAGAUGGUCUUGAAUCUCUGUGGGUUUAUCUGCAUUUCAGUAGCACAACGGUCCAAUGCUCAUAAUGCCAAUUGGUUUGCUUUUGUUGCAUUUGGAGGACUUUUAAUCACUCUAAUUUUAUUCCUGCUUUUCCUCUUUCACUUGGUGGAAAAACUACACUUUCUCCCAUGGCUGCUCAUUGAAUUGGUAUAUUGCGGAAUUUGGACAUUCUUUUAUUUCACAGCGGCUACUGCGGUAGCAAGUAUGGGUCAUAUUGAGAAUCCAUUUGCGGCUGCCGCGUUCUUCGGAUACCUGGGAAUGGUGUUUUACGGAUUUGACACUUACUUAAAGUAUAUAUCUUUUAAGGCCGGCGAGCUGGCUCAAGGAGAAAGAGUUGUAAACAAGUCAACAACCUCGACUACAAAUAACCAUUAAAAGAGUAUGAAAUAAGAAGGGCGACUUUAUAAUAUGGUAGUUGCAUUUUACAAUCAAUCAAUUAUUAAUCCUUACAGUAAAAACAAGAUUAUGUCUGCAUUUCCAAAUUGUCACAAAUGCGAAGGUGCUGGCGUGUGUCCGAAUAAUGAUGUGUUCAUCACUUAUUUACAAGUAUUCUAAAAACUUAUAAUGUCCGUCCAUAAAUACACGGGAAAUUAUCCUUGAGAUCUGUGCUAAUUUGCAAACCAUUUACGAUAUUUAAAAUGACAUUCAAAAGUUUAACCAUAGCAUACAUAUAUAUUAUUUCGUGGAUUUAUAUUUAAUAUAUUGAUGUGCGUUUGCACUUUUACGUAAUAAUACGUCGGGGGAAAUGAGGCAAUAGUGUAGGACAAUGGGAUAUGUAAUAUUCGUAUACAAUAAGUCAUAAUUUAUUCAAAUAAAAUAUUAUGAACCUAUGCAUUUUUGUGAUUGAUGGGUAGGCUGUUAAAUUGAAAUUAUAUUAUUGUUGUUCUUAAAAAUCAGUUGGAUAAAUUUUGAGUCAACCAUGUAAUACUAAUUCAAUAAACUGAUAAAAGUAUUAUUCAAGGCUUUCCAUGUUUUAAUACAGAGGCGAUGCAAAAAUUGCAAUAUACAAAUUA